ACCCUCAUCCCAUUUCUCACUCUCUCUCUCUCUCUCUCUAGAUUCAGCUGGAGCUAGCUUGCUUUGAGCUCCAUUGUUAACUUACCACACACUACUCUCUCUCUUCAACCAUGGCUGCCCUAGCUUUUGCAGCUCUGCUUCUCUUAGCCAUGGCUGGCCAGUCAAGUGCAAAUUGGUGUGUUUGCAAAGAUGGAGACCCUACGGCCCUGCAGAGGGCACUGGACUAUGCCUGUGGAGCUGGGGCAGAUUGCAACCCCAUAAAACCCAAUGGAGUUUGCUACAACCCCAACACUGUCAAAGCUCACUGCAGCUAUGCUGUCAACAGCUAUUUCCAGAAGAAGGGCCAAUCCACUGGCACUUGUGACUUUUCUGGCACUGCAACCCCUACCGCCACUGAUCCCAGCUCAAAUGGUUGUACUUACCCUGCCAGUGCCAGCUCAUCCGGUACUACUCCGACAACACCAUCCACGGGAACCGGCACAACCCCAACCACCGGCACUCCCCCAACCACCGGCACAACCCCGUCCACCGGCACAACCCCGUCCACCGGCACAACCCCUACCACCGGCACAACUCCUACCACCGGGACAACCCCUACCACCGGGACAACCCCUAUCACCGGCACAACCCCCACAACUGGCACAACACCCACAACUGGCACAACACCUACAGGCACCACCCCGUACACAGCGACUCCUGGAGUACUAGGAGGCAUUGGCACGGGCGUAGGGCCAUCGGGAGCUGGCAUCAACACGGACGACAGCGGUGGGAUUAGAUCUGUUGACACUGCUAGUUUGUUUUCUUCUCUCAUAACCCUAUUCUUCUCAGGCUUGAUGCUUUGGUGGGGCUGAAAAGGAAUUUAGAGGCUGCGAGGAGGAGGAAGAUGGGGUAGGAUGUGCAAUUAUGAACAUCUUAGGGAACAUCCUUGCUAAGAUUUUUGUAUUUUUGUAUCUUCAUUGCCCUUCUAAGUAAUUAAGUAACCGUAUUAUGUGGGAAAAAAGCAGCUGUGGGGAAAAGCAGAUGGGCUUUUGAUUCCUUUUUGGGUCUUUGUGAAGCAGCUGUCUCUCGCUCUCUGUUUUUUCGUUUGUACAAUAGAUUUAGAUCUAAUCUGAGAGUGUACUAGCUAGUCUAUUAAUUCGAUGAGUAUUUCAUGGUUUGGUUUA